GGAAGCGGGUAGGACGGAACCAUUUGGGCCGGAUGGCGGGGGAAGAAGGAAGGAGAAGAGAAACCCGGGCUCGCCGGAGAGGAUUCCGAAGGACUGAGGAGAGCAAGGGGGUGGGCGCCAGACCAGCCGGCGGGCUUGUGUGACAGGAGCGAGCCGGCAGUCGCGGAGGCCAAAAGGAAUAAACUGUGCAUCGUUACGCAAAAUGCAGUGUUCCCAUCACUGUGAGCACCUACUGGAAAGUCUGAACAGGCAGCGUGAAGUGGGCUUCCUUUGUGACUGCACCGUCAUUAUUGGUGAAUUCCAAUUCAAAGCACAUCGAAAUGUUCUGGCAUCCUUUAGCGAGUACUUUUGGGCUUUUUACAGGGAUACCUCAGAGAGUAACAUAUUUCUGGAUCAGAAUCAAGUGAAGGCUGAUGGAUUUCAGAAACUUUUGGAAUUCAUAUACACAGGAGAUUUAAACCUUGAUAGUUGGAAUGUUAAAGAAAUACACCAGGCUGCCGACUACCUUAAAGUGGAGGAAGUAGUCACUAAAUGUAAAAUAAAGAUGGAAGACUUUGCUUUUAUUGCUAAUCCUUCUUCUACAGAAACUUCUAGUAUCACUGGGAAUAUUGCAUUGAACCAACAGACUUGCCUGCUAACUCUACGUGACUACAAUAACCAGGAGAAAUCAGAUGCCCCUUCAGUGGAUAUAGUUCAAUCUCCAGUCUUAACGGCAGCCUUGGAAAAAAAGUCAGUUCAAACCAAAAAACGAAAGAAGGCCUUCAGUUCCCCCAAACACCCACCAAGCAAGCCAGUACAAUAUCCAAGUGAUGUUGCAGAAAACUCUGCCAUGGAGAUGUUUUUAGAUGCAAAUAAAUUGGCCACGGAGAUAACAGAACAGGCUGCCCAAGGUGGCGAUAAUUCUGAACUGCAGCUUACCCCUGUGGUGGAAAGUGAAACUUUUACUGCUCAAGAGAUCCUUGUGCAGACUAUGGCUAUGAAGCCAAAACAGGGCAAAGCACAUCAAAAUUGUGCUUUGAAAGAGCACUGCUUAUCUAACAUUACCAGUGAUAAGAACUCAUAUCAGUUGGAGAGCUCGGGAGAAGACCUGGAUCAGAAAUACUCCAAGGCCAAGCCAGUGUGUAAUACAUGUGGGAAGGUGUUUUCUGAAUCUAGUAGUCUGAGACGGCACAUGCGGAUUCACAAAGGAGUCAAACCGUAUGUGUGCCAGCUCUGUGGCAAGGCAUUUACACAGUGCAACCAGCUGAAAACGCAUGUAAGAACUCACACAGGUGAAAAGCCAUACAAAUGUGAACUCUGUGACAAAGGUUUUGUUCAGAAAUGCCAGCUUGUUUUCCAUAGCCGUAUGCAUCAUGGAGAGGAGAAACCGUACAAGUGCGAUGCCUGUAAUCUGCAGUUUGCAACUUCAAGUAAUCUAAAAAUUCAUGCUAGAAAACACAGUGGAGAGAAGCCAUAUGUCUGUGAUCGAUGUGGACAGCGAUUUGCACAAGCAAGCACAUUGACAUAUCAUGUGCGGCGACACACAGGAGAAAAGCCUUAUGUCUGUGAUACCUGUGGGAAAACUUUUGCAGUCUCAAGUUCACUCAUCACUCAUUCAAGAAAACAUACAGGGGAAAAACCUUAUAUAUGUGGCAUUUGUGGCAAAAGCUUCAUUUCUUCAGGAGAACUCAACAAACACUUCCGGUCUCAUACAGGUGAAAGACCAUUUAUCUGUGAGCUGUGUGGAAACUCCUAUACAGAUAUCAAGAACCUAAAGAAACACAAAUUGAAAGUUCAUUCAGAUUCUGAGAACCCACUGGAUUCCAUUGCACUUGACCCUUCCUUCAGUGAGCAAGAUUCAAUUCCAAGUGAGAAAAGCCUUUUGCUGGAGUCUGCUGAUGUGAAGCCUUCAGAUAUAGCAUUACCUCUACCCAUUGGAACAGAGGACCACCAGGUAUUGCUGCCUGUCACAGAUAGUCAGUCUCCACCAUCUGACACACUUCUGAGAUCCACCAUCACUGGAUAUUCAGAACCUCAGUUUAUUUUCCUCCAACAAUUGUACUGACACGUGCGUGUGAUGAAAACUCUAGAAACGAAAGCAUCUCUGAUAAAAAGGAGCUGUGGGUGAGCUAGAUUUCAUCUCACUUUCCACUGAGGACUUUGGGUGCGCAUCUUUGCUGUGAAAUUCAGCUUUUCUCUAAUAUUUUAUUACUCUAGAACAAAGAUUGUGUAUUUUCACCUGCAAGAAUCAAGAUUGCAUUUUCUAGGAGAUAAAUAAUCUUUUUCCUUCAACAUCUGCCUUAAUAAUUCUGAAUCAUUUAACGCUGGAAAGCUCCUUCAGUGUUCAUGCAGAAACUAAUUAUCUGUAGUCAAGGUAUUCAAAGUGAAAACACUGAACUGAGAUAGAGAAGUCUCUUUUAACAGUAAAUGACUUAGUUUUUUAAGUAAACAGACCCAACAAUAAUUGAAAACCACUCUGAAAAUAGCCAAUGCAGGUGCAGCGGCUGUCCAGUGUGUUCCGUGGAGUGUUACAGGUACAACUGGAUGCUGCUGGACAAGAUGUGGGAGCUGUCCCAUUUUCAAGAUGUCAACUUUUCUGUCGUGGAAGAUGAGGAUCUUGGGGCAGAGGAUGCUAUCCAAGGAAGAUGUCAUGUCUUCAGGAGGCAGAGACAUGUCCUAGUGAGCAAUUAAGUCACUGGAUGUAGAAAGCUGCAAUUAUGACUGCUAUGUAGGCCAUGUGAUGAAUUUCUUGGCUAAAAUGAAAUUUGCAAAGUUGCCUGUGACAGCUAAAUAGCCUGAUAGAUAGUAUCAGUGAUUGUGCUGCAUGUUGGCAUUACUGAUAAUGGGAUAAUAUAAUUAUGAUGUCCUAGAAGCCAGAUUUCAGGUAUUAGGGAUAAAAUUCAAAGCUAGGAUCACCCAAAGUAAUUUUCUCUGACAUGCUACCUGUUCAACUAGUCCAGUUACCUAGUCCCAGGACUUCUGUUUCCAAUUUCAGAUAUCCCUGGCUUGAAAAUUUUGGAAUGGCUUUCUUAUAGAUUUAAGAAAAGCUCUUCUGGUUUUAUCAGUAAUCUCACAAAAGUUACUAGCUUUCAGAGAAGACUGUUAGUUUGUACUGUCAUGUUAGUUGUAGAAAAACGAUUUUAUUUCUUCCACAGCUAACAGAAAAACCAAGGGCCUGGGAGAAAGAUAGAUAAUCCAUCUUUUCUCUGUCCAACUAUUUGAUCACUGCUAUGGAAAUGUAUGUGCUCAUCUAGUUUAAAAUUCUGAAUGGUUCAUGCAUACCAAACCAGUUUCUAAAUAUAGAGCUGUCCUCUGUUCUAUCCUUUCUGCUGGAUUAUAAAAUGCUUGUGCAACAGGAGUUGCCCAAAAGCCUAUACAGUAUCCACGCUGACCAUUUUUAUGCCGCUGAGGGCAUAUUGAGGUUUUUUUUUUUCUUGAAAAGCAGUUCCAGUUGAAAUUCUUAGCAAAAAUUCAGUGCAAGCUCUAGAGGUGGUUGUUUCCUGUUUCCACAAAAGAGUAGAAAAUGAUAAAAAAAAAAAUUAGCUCUUGAAGUCCUCAUGGCAGUUAUGUUUUUCAUUUAGUAAUACCAAGUAUUUCUGUGAUGAUGUGCCAAAGUGGCUUACUAUUUUUUAAAAUCACUCCUUGCCAAAAAAUAAAUGCUUUAAGAGCUCUGCAUUUUAGAAGAAUUAACCUGCUAGUUUUAGCCAAAGAUUCAGCUUACCUAGAAUUCUGUCUUCGUGUUUCACUAGGAAGAUGACCUCAAGGAAUUGCUGAUAAAUUCAUGUUAAAAAAAAUGCUGAUAAGUUGACAUAAAACUGUGUGUGAACUUAAGCAUGUGAAGUUAUAUUCAAACUCCUAAGAAACAAGGAAGAAAAACUUGUUACUAUUAGCAGUGCUGUUUCACUCACUUUUCUUGUUCUUCUUCAUAGAACUUACAAAAUACAAGCCAGGAAUAUUGAAAGAGAUGGAGAAAUGUUUGAGUAGGAUUCCAUUCUUUUAUGAAUUGAUCCGAUGCAACAAACACGGAUUAUUUGUGUCAUAGGAAAAGUAAAAUUAUUGAUUAUAUAACAAUUUUAGUACUAAAGCAACUUGUACCAUCUCUCUGAGAACUAUACCAAAUUCAAAUUCUGAUUUGGGUAAAAUUAGUAGUGCCUGCUCAAAUAGGUUUACAUAGCUGCAUGGUAUUGUAUGCAAAGUUAAAUAUAAUUCAGUAACUAGGAAUCCAGAUUCAGGCAGAAUGAAAUAUAUUCCUCACUUUGCAUAAUUUAAAAGGAGCCAAUGUACUGUGCAUUUUGCCCUGCAAUUCCUCUAGGCAAGUGAUCUUUCAAGGUGUGCUGUCUGGUAACAGAGCUACAUCCCAGUUAUUGAAUCUGGGAGUUUUUAGUAUGCAAACAAAAAUUGCCAUACCAUUGUGUAGAUGUUUGGCAUGAGUAGGAUGGAGAGAAAAAAGAAGAAUUUAAAAGGCAUCCCCACACAUUUUUCAGAACCAGAAGAGCUCGAGACUCAAUAACUCUGAUUCUCGGAGACCGUGUUCCUAGCCUGAUGUGCUUGCUUGGUGAAUCCGGUUGAAUAAAAUAAUAAUCUGCCCUUGAAUCUUCCAAAAAUAAAGUGAAAGACUUUGCCCAUAUUAACAGCAGGCAAACUGCUGCCCUAAAGAACUUCAGUCCAAAGCCAUAUUUAAUAGUGGCUUCUGUACCUAUUUCCUCCCCCCCAGCACCUGAGCACAUCAUUAGCAUUGUUCGCCUGUAUUUAGGGGUUACCUUUAGGUCAUAGUUCAGGGAAGAGAGAAAGGAGGGCUAUCUCUGUGAAUUUUGGCAACUACUUUUCAGAUUUGUGAGGAUGGAGAGGACUGGCCAUUUCCCCAGGAGCUGGUUAUGUUUUCUUCUGGUAUUUUCCUGAUAUAUUCAAAGCAGGCUUUUGUGGUAUAAUUUUGCUUAGUGCUGGUGAUACUAAGCUUCUGUUAGCACAAAAAAAAUCUCUGGAAAAAAAAGCAUAUGAAGAUAAGUUUUGGAUAUAUUUCUUUAUAAUAUCAUUGCAAACUACCUUCUGGGAAAAACAGUUUAAUAUAGAUAUUUCAGAUGAAGAGAUUUGGGUCAUUCUUGAACAUUGUUUCAGAAUUCCAAAAACCUUGCUUUUGGGUUUUUAUUGGACUGUAUUUGACUAUUUAAUAUUUAUAAAUAUUUUUCCUUUCUACAAUUUAUUUGUGUUUUGUACAUGAAACAAUUUUUUAAAAGACCAUGUUUUCUUAUACACUACUCAGGCUCUGGGAGAGCUGAAAACUGUUGCAGCAAUAAGUAAAUAUACAGCCCUUCUUCCCAGUCUGAAGAUUUUACUGUGAUACUUGGAAAUCUCAGGCUGUUGAGCUAUAAUGUAUAUUUUUCACAAAUCAUGGUUUCUGCUGGUAUUAAAACACUAGCUGCAAGGAUUUGCUGGAUUCUGUAGGGAUUGUGUCACAAAGAGGGGUGUGCUAUAUUCUGUGUAUAAAGCUUCCCCUUCAAGCUUGUGGGGGAGCUGAAAGGAAUACCCAGUUGCAUUUCUGACUUAAAUAACCUUCUGGUUGAUGACCAAUUAUUUGCUGUGAUUUACCAGCCGUUAAACAGAGGUUUUGAUGCUGAUGUGGAAUGCUGCCUUCAUGAAGAAAGGGGAUGCUUAGCCCUUUCCUUCAUCUGUAUGUUGAGCUCUUGCUUGGAUGCUAUUAGUUUUGCCACAUAACAGUUGCACGAUUGUGGGCAUUCUGAAGAGCUUUGUGACUCACCCUGUCCGGUUUAAAUUAUUUCUGCAAUAUUUUCUCAUGUAUCUACAAAUCUUUUUUGUUCAUGGGUAUAUGUAUGUGUAGCUGACUUCCUGUUUUUGUACUUCCCUCUGAGGGUAUAUGUGCAUAGGUUGCAAUAUUUUAAUGUUAGAUUUGAAUAAACUUGUUUUGUAA